AUGGGUAAAACGAAGUGGGCGGAUGUUGCACCCAAGAUACAAGGCGUCUCAAAUGCUAUUCACGAGAGUUUUCGCACUGAGGAAGAGGCUAUUGCGGUAUAUGAGCGCUCUGAACGCGCCGGCGUAGUACGAGCUAUUGGGCGUGGUGGUCGUACGGUGACCACUGCUGCACCGCCUAUUGCGGGUACUUCCCACCGACAGGAAGUUCCUACCGAUAGAACUUCUUCGUCUCCCCCUACGGGACUGACUCAAUACGGCACUCAGAACUCAACGCCCGCAAGGAGCUCCCCUGGACCACCGCCUCCAGCGCAACAACCAGUUGUACCUGCGAUGUCUUCAACUUCCCCACGAGUAGCGUCCCGGGCCCGUUCGUCCGGGAAUCAAGUGGAAGGGCAACACUCAAUUCUUCAGACCAUGACAAAGGAACCUCACUCGCCGCCGCGAGAAGGACACAGGCACUGUACACAUGGUGGACGUCUUACACCUGAGCACCGUUUGCCUGUCCGUCAAGGAGAGAGACAGCACUCCUAUCCGAGAGUCGCGAAAACUGAGCCUCGUUCGCCGCGCGUGGAAGUCCAGAGAUGCGAGGCACACACUUCGAACGCUAAGCCUCGCUCGCCUGCAACUCGGGUGCACGCAAAUUCUCCUAGCACUGCGCAACGUGGGGAACCCUCCCGACCCAGGACAGAGCCCGAAUCGCCCAAGCCAGAGGACACUCCAACAACGGAGACACUCUCUCCGCUGUUGGAGUUGCGGUCCUCUGUCUCGCUCCCUUCAGUGCGCUCAUCGCCAGCGAGCUUGCCCAGAAGGACGGAAAGCGAGUUGGCCAGCAGCCCGGCCUCCAGUCACUCGUCUUGUCGAUGCAGCUGUCAUCGGCGUUCGCGCACGAAUGCGACCCCAGGGACAGCUCGGACUCGGACCAGCUCCAGUGUAGCUGUUCCGAGCCCGCCUCAGGGUGUAGUUCCGACUGAGCCCAACACACCUUUACCGACGCCUAGCAGGCACGGGGACGCACCGUUGCCGUCGCCCAGCAGGAGCAGGCAUAUCGAUCUGAAUGCGCUCGGUCUGUCGCAGCCCAUUCACGUUAGGAAUACGUCGUAUCACGAUGCUUUUGACCCUCGGUCACCUAUCGCAAGGUCCACCUCGUUGCCUAUGGAAGCUAGCCACAGACCGGUGUUCGGUCGGCCAUCGCCAACGCUGGCCAGUCAAGCAUAG